UAGACAGAAAGCAGGCAGCGUUCACACCACCAUCUGCUGUAGACAUUCAUGGGGCGGCAAAAGUUAGGUGUGGUGUCCUGAUAUCACCUUCCACAUGUUGAAGGGGUUCUCUCAUUCUUUGGAGCCACCCAGCCCACUCAGCAGCUUCUUUUUCAGUGAGUCACUUUCACGAGAAAAAGUCUGGAUGUUGGGAAAGACUUUAAUGCGAAUCCCGGUUGGCUGGCAGAGAGGUCUGGCCCUUCUGGAAUUUCGGCGCGUAGUGGGGGCGAGGGGGGAGCGUUUCAAAGCGAACCUUGAAUGAAAGGACAGCGUUCCUUUCCCCUCAUAACUGUGGGAAGAGUACAGUUAAGGAAGACUCCUGCUGCGGGCGGCCAUCAAAGGGAAGGCAGGACCCUGCAGUCGCGACUCUCCUUUGAGGCUGGCCGGAGCUGGCUGUUGGUGACAUGAGUUCCUGAGGGGCGGAGUUGGGCUCUCGUCCGCCCUGCCCUGCCCUGCAUCUGGGAGAGGGACCAACCCAGCCGAGGCUCUCUCUGCCUCCUGCUCUCCUCCACCAGCAUGGAUGCGGGCUCUGGCCCCACCAGCUCCAAUUCUAGUCUUCAGGAAGGCCCUUUCAGCUGCCCCAUCUGCCUCGACGCUCUGAAGGACCCGGUCACCAUCCCUUGCGGCCACAACUUCUGCCUGAGCUGCAUCGGAGUGCACAGGCACCACCCGGGGGCCGUUACAGGAUCCGCGGGGCAAAGUACUUCUCGGUGCCCCCUCUGCCAGGAACCUUUCCCGGCCGAUCUCCAGCUCCGUAAAAACCACAUAUUGGCCGAACUGUUGCAGCUCCGCCAACAAUCCGGCGGCCCGAGUAGUCCGAGCUCGACCAUGUUCCCCGAGGAGGCGUCCUGCGCCUCUGGAAACCCCGGCAGCAGUCCCGAGGACCCCGAUCCGCAGCAAGAGGAGGUGCUUUGCGACUUCUGCACCGAAGGCGAGCGAGCCCGUGCGGCGCAGUCGUGCCUGGUGUGCCUGGCGUCCUUCUGCGCUCCCCACCUGCAGCCGCAUCUCAAAAAUCCCGCUUUCCAAGGCCACCGGCUGGUGCCGCCCUUACGGCACAUCGAGGAGAGUCUCUGCAAACUGCACCUCAAGCCCUUGGAGAGCUUUUGCCGGACGGAUCGGAGCUGCAUCUGCCAACUGUGCAGGGCCCAGGAGCACCGGAGCCAUGAGGUGGUGGCGGUGGAAGUGGAGCGGGAGCACAUGGAGGCCCAGCGACCAAAAAUUCUGAGCAACGUUGAGAAUCAACUAGAUGAACUCGAAGUCACUAUCGCACAGACAAAGAGGACAGUGGAUCUUAUAAAAGGGACUGCUCAAAAGGAGAAGGAGAAGGUCAGCAAACUUUUCAUCGAGACAGCCAAGGUCCUUGCAGCCUUUCAGAAGGAGAUCUUCGGGUUCAUCGAGGAUGGUGAAAGGGCUAUGCUGAGUGGGGCAGAGGAGGAGCUGCAGCAGAAAGUAGCAAAGCGUGCCAUGCUGAUGGAAUGCAAGCAGAACCUGGAGAAGGUCCCCAGCACGGAUGCUAUCUCUUUCCUUCAGGAGUUCCAGGCUCUGAAAAUAGCAGCAGAGGAGAAAAACUUCCCAUGCACAAGUUUCCCCAAAGAGCUGAGCUUUAUUAAAUCCAGCCAGGCCGUGUUUGUUGUGAAGGAGUUGCUCGUGAACAUUUGCAAGAACCAGUGGGACCAGCUCUCAGGGAAGGGGGAUGAAGAGCCCCUUCUUUAUGGGAUGUCAGAAGUGACCAGUGAGUCCAAGAUUUCAGAAAAAAGCAACCCUGCCUGUUUGGAGGCACGAGAAUAUUUCCUCAAAUUUGCUUUCAUCAUUGACCUGGACAGUGAUACUGCUGACAAGUUCCUCCAGCUCUUUGGAACAAAAGGGGCUAAACGCGUGCUGAAUCCAAUUGCAUACCCUGAGAGCUCAAGCAGGUUCAUCAACUGUGAACAGGUGCUGGGCGAGAAUAUAAUGAAUCGUGGCAACUAUUACUGGGAAGUAGAGAUCAUUGAUGGUUGGGUGAGCAUUGGUGUCAUCGCAGAGAAUUUCAACCCUCGGGAGUCGUAUGACAGAGGCCGCCUGGGCAGGAAUGAGCAGUCUUGCUGUCUGCAGUGGAAUGGACAGAGCUAUGUAGCCUGGUUUGGUGGCUUUGACUGCAUUAUAGAGCAGCCUUUCUUCCAUACAAUUGGGGUGUACCUGGAGUAUUCUGAGAAAGUGCUCACUUUCUAUGGAGUCAAAGAUAGCAAGAUGACGUGCCUGCAGCAGUUGAAAGUUGCCCGCUUCAAAAAAGGCCAUUUUGACCCCUUUCAGAAUAAGAUCAACCACCAGUUUCCAUCGUUAUUUACACAUAACCUCAAACCAGCCUUUUUCCUUGAAAGUGCAGAUGCCCACAUGCAGCUUGGGCCCUUAAAGAGGGAUUGUGUUUCAGUGUUGAAGCGACGGUAAUUCACUCAGAGUCUGGUGGGGAACAGAAGACUAAAAAAACAUCGUCAAAAUUAAAUCUCUGUUGCAACAGUGUGUCACCUUCAUGAUAUAUAAGGCUCUUAGACUUCUCACUUUUAAAGCCCUGAUACUUCUGAGCAAUUCCAUGGACAUUUUCUAUGAUGGCCUUUUAAAACCAUGUCUUGGUUCUUAGUCAUGGACAUAUAAUAUCUGGGUUUAAUCCAAAGCACUAAGUGUUUUCCUUUUUACCUACUAGUUUUGAUCACGGUGCUUUUCUUUCUGCAGGAUAUCCCUAGAAGCAGUGUCCUUGCUGAGAAUGCACAGCAAGGCAGAUAAAGAUAGCCCUUCAAGUUCUGCUCUAUGAGCCAGAGGACCAGAUGUAGAGUGCAAAUGUCUGAAUCCCUUUUGAAUUCAACAAAGCAGAUAGAAUAAUGCAGGAGAGAGAAUUUUGUAAGGGGGUAAUUCAAAGUACAUUGCUGGAAUAUUUUAGAUCAGGUUAUUCUCCCCAGGAAGAAAUGAAGGAAUGUCGUAUCAGUUUAAUCAUUUAAAACAAGAUUGCACAGAGCACUUGAGAAUAUAUUACAUGGAACAAUUAAAUAGAUUGUCAUUAAUGCUAACUGUUGCAGAGAUUUUUCCACUCCGACUUCUGUUCUAGAAGAUAAUUAAUCUCUUGGCUUCUCUAUUGACAGCCAGUGCCAGUUGUGAUGCCAUGGUGUGAUGUUCACCAAGGUCUAAUCUAACAAGAUUAUAACAUGGAUGGUUUUGUGAUGCUUCCAUAGUGAAUGUCACCCAUCUAGACAGGGCUGUCCCUAGGAGGGCGCAGGGCUGGGGGCAAGUGGCAACCACCCCUCCUCAGCCACCACUCCUCAUCCCCCACCUUCCAAUAGCAUAGCGCUAAGGACUUUGAUUGCAUCCCUCCUUGUUCCAGCGUUCUUCCUUCAGACAUUUUAAAACUUAUGCAAUGUGUCCCCUCCUUUAUUUCUGUAUGCCAGGCUGCUGCAAAAGGCACAGGAGCAAGAAAAAAAGGUCUCAAUUCUGCAGGGAAGGGGAAGACUAGAUAAUCUGUCACAGAGGAGGCUCAGGACCCUCCCCAAACCACAAUUCUCAGGAUUCUUUUGAGGAAGACAAGUUAAAGGGAUAGAAAACCGAUACUUAAGAGUAAACUUAUGUAGGACUGUCUGUCUUGCAGCCCUACAGGAUUCUUAUAUUUUCAAAAAUAAGUCCCACUGUGUUAGAGCAUUACUCCCAGAUAAGUGUAGGAUCGCAUCCUCAGGCUGCAGUUUUAAACAUAUUUUAAUGAGUAAGGCUGUGACUCUAUGCACACUUUUCUGGGAUUAAAUCAGACAUACACUGGAUUGCUCCACUGCAUUUAGCGCUGCAUUUUCCCUUUCAUUUAGUGAGACUCUACUCCUGAGUAAACAUAGGCUUGCCCUAGAAACUCCACUGAACUAGAUGGAACUGAGAGUUCCCUGGAAAGCCUUUUAGGCUCUGCAGUGGAGGGGGAACUCCUGCUUCUCCACCAGCAGUGUCUCUGCGUGGAUGCUGGGGCUUUGCCAGCAGUAGCAGAAGAGGGAGAGAGGCAGCUGAGGCCCUGCCAGGUGGAACUGGGGGGGGGGGAGGAGCACGCACUGGGAACACAGGGAGCUGGGAUGAUGCUUCUCUUGCUUUCACCAGGUACUUGUUUCCAGCUGGUGCUGGGUGAAGCUGACCAGGAGCCAGGUGACCCCCGCCGCCUCCUCUGGCCCCAGGGGGAUUCCCAAGGGAGAGCAGCCCCCUGAUGGUGCACCUGGGACCCCACAGCCCCACCAAGGGCAGAAGCCCGCUCAACACCUUGCAAGGGAGGGGUGCAGCAAUGAUUGAUGCUGGUUCCCAGCCCCUAGACAUGGUGGCGGCUUGUGGGCAAGAGAAACUACAGAAAGUGUUUCCCGCCUCAUAAUAGGUGUGCAGAGGGCCUGGGCGCAGAGCCCGGGAGAGCACAGGGCUGGGGGCAAUCACCCUGGUUGCCCUGCUUAAAGGACAACCCUGCAUCUAGACGUGAUUGUCAAGAAUCCCAUUAGUUGCACAAACAAAAUGACCAAAGCACAGUUACUAUUCUGUAUCCACAAGUGGAAUCUAUUGGAACAUAGGAAGCUGCCAUAUACUGAGUCAGACCAUUGGUCCAUCUAGCUCAGUAUUGUCUACCCAGACUGGCAGCAGCUUCUCCAAGGUUGCAGGCAGGAAUCUCUCUCAGCCCUGUCUUGGAGAUGCUGCCAGGGAGGGAACUUGAAACCUUCUGCUGUUCUCAGAGCUGCUCCAUCCCCUGAGAGGAAUAACUUACAGUGCUCACACUUCUAGUCUCCAAUUCAUAUGCAACCAGGGGAGACCCUGCUUAGCUAAGAGGACAAGUCGUGCUUCAUAUAUCAAAGUGAAAGAACCAGCAGACCACAUGCCUUCAACUUGGGCUUUUCCAUGUGGUCAAAGGAGGUGUGCCAAAAGCAAUUUAAAACUGUUGCUAGAUACAUUUGCAAAUGAUCUUCCAGUGAGAGUUGUGUGAUAACUUGUCCACAAACAAUAGCAAAUGACUUUGAUUGGAGGGAUACCUGUGCUGCAGAUUCCUUAUUUUUUAAAUCUUACUAGAAGAGUAGUCUAGCACAGAAGUUGAGCUGUCAGGGAGUGUACUGCCUCCAAUUUAACACUCACACCAUAGUAGUGCAAUUACAACACCAAGGGAUCUGGAAAAGGAGAAGAACUAGGCUGGACUUCUUAACUGGCUAAUCCCACUAUAGAGAUGCAGCCCUGAAAACUGAAGAUGUAGCACUGAAGUAGAAUACUCCAGUGUAUCAUUGUAUACCCACAGUAUCAGUGGUGUGCAAUGUCAUGUGUUUGCCACUGGUGUUUAAAAAGUGUCACAGAGUGAACUGAUUGGAAGGGAAGUUAUACGUUAGGAGGCAAUAUGGGGAGCAAGGCAGAAGACUGGACUGUUCAGCAUCUGGUUGGAUAAAACAUUAUCCUCUUCUGUGUGGCAGUGUAUUUGAAGAGUAUUAUAUCUGCUCCUCAGUCACCUCUUCUCCAGGCUAAUCAUACCCAGUUCCUUCAGCCUUUCUUCAUAGGGAUUCUUUGCUAGAUCCCUGACCUUUUUGUUGCCCCAUAGUGUUUUCCUACCCCAGAAAGUAAAACAGCUGCCAUUUUUCUGUUAAGAGGUGGAAGCCCUAGAGUUAAUGGCUCUGAGUACAGAGCCAUGGAACUGAGUUCGAGAAUACAUUGGGUUAAGGGAGAGAAUGGAGAUUGGAAUGCUUAUAUAUGGCAAAGAUCUAUUUGUCCCAGAUAGCCCUGUUUCUAUUCUAAGUAUGUUACUUGUAAAAGGGAUAAAAAGGAGCGCAUUUAUCGACCCCUCCACAUUGUUCAUCACUAAGUCCAGUACUUUUGUCAAGUGUCUGUUGUCUGGCUCCUAAAAUUUGGACUGGCUCCUAGAUCCAAAUAAAAUUUGUCAGUUUUCUGAAUUAAUUUAAUAAAUCUAAAAACCCACUGAGACUAUUCAGGAGGAAAAAACUGUCUCCCUUAAGUGAUGCUAUAAUAGAUUUAUAGUCAGAUUGUUUGAGUUGGCCUAGGUUGGAAGAGUUACAGAUUUUUCCUGAUGGCAUUACAGAGCCCAACCUACUUUAACCCAAAUUAAAUUGUUCUGUCUUUGGCUGGGGGAAUGGUGAUGGUAUUGAAAGAGAUAAGCCUUUGGAUGCCUUCCAUCUCUAGGAUAUAAUGAACUACCAGUUAAUUACAGUUCGUAAUAUAAAUUAUGGUAAUAGGGGAGAAAAAACUAAGCUAAUUUAGAGACAGAUUUGAUUUUUACAAUUCCAAUACUUAUUUUCAUGCAUUCCUUGAAGAACUACUGAAAUAUUUGUAAUACUGAGACCAUGGAGCCAAUGAGGCACACCAAUCUCUCUAUAAACAUUUCCCUCAGUAUUAGUCAGUAUAUUGCCGAUCUCCCAAGGUUUGCUUUUUAUACAAAAUACAUGUACUGUAGCUGAAAAUUAUGAAUCAGAUUGUGAGAUUAAUUACAUGAGUUCAGCUUACACUGCUGUCUGAGCCUUGCUUAGAGCCAUUCCUGCCUACACUACCAGCAACAAACAGUGAGGUCACCAUAGUUAUUUCCAUUAGCAGAAGCAGAAAAUAACUACACUGACAGCUCACAGUACCAACACAAAAAAUCCAUCUCUGGACUGCACUACUAUACAGUAAUAUGGUUUUACCAGCUCAUCUUUCAGCUAGAUACUAAGCAGGAACAUAGGCUGUAAUUCUUGACAUAUUUACCUGAGAGUAAGCCCAACUUAACAUAAUUAUUUCCAAGUAAACAUGCUUAGGACUGGGCUGUCAGAUAUUAAGUCUGACUGAACUGAGCAAGACUUGCUUCUUAGUAAGUAUGCUUACAACUGCAGCCUUAUAACUUCCUUUAUUAGUACUGGUUAUUAAUAGAAUACUGUUAGCACAAAUGUUGCAACUGCUAUAUUCUUAACAAGGCUUUGGGGAUAAACUGGAAUAAUGAAAUUUCACACUGAACCUGGCUUUAUUAUUUGUUCUUUCAUAAGCAAAAGGGUAAAGCCAAUACAUUUGUUUCUUUAGAUAAGACUGUGUGCUAUUGCUGCUUUUCCUAAGCUGUUACGGUGGUAACCUUUCUGGGUUUUUUUUUCUCCUAAAGCACAUAUUUACUGUAUAGAAUUUUUAAAUGUGUGAGGAAAUGAGAAUCUACAGCUUCUAUUAAAUAAUAUACAAACAA